CUCAGUACAUUGCCCUCUACAUGUUAGUUCAUAGUAAAAGUUGCCAGUUCUGUGUUGCCCUAUUUAAUGGUCACUACAGAAAUAAUGUAUUUUUAAUAGGUAGAUUUGAAUGGGCAGGGCAGGUUCACUCUCAGUCUGUUCUUUCUGAUAAGGUGUGUUUGUUAACCUUCUCACUCUACUGCUUGACUCUGUAACAGUCCCAUAUUCCUGGUAUCCAUUCACCUCACUCCAUCGCUGCAAGACAAUGAAGGAUACACACACCCUGCUCAAUCUGCUUCUGCUGUUUGUGUACCUUGCAGGAUCAGCUGUGACCACUGAUGGAGGGAAGGACAGUCCCAAUGGUCCCUUGGAACUAACUAUUUUGGGACCUGACUUUGUGACUGUGGGCGUGCCAUGCAGUUUUGACUGUUCCGCCCAGUGCUCUCCUUCCUGUAGCUACAGAAUGAGUAUCGACGGGCAGAUUGGGCAGGGGAACGAAGUGUUCUUCACAGCUCGCCAAUGGGAGGAGUCCCUAAACCUCACAUGCACUGCAAGGAAUGCUGACUCUGGGAGGUCCUCUACAGUAACAAAGAUGCUGCAGGUUUUAGCUGGACCAAGCAAUGUAUUGAUCACAAGCCCUGACUUGAUGACCCCAGGGGCCCCACAAAGCUUCAAGUGUAACGCCGACUGUCGUCCCUCCUGCAACUACACUUGGGGGAUAAAGGGCCGAUGGCUCGGGGGGCAGGGGAAUGAGAUUACCGUAACUCCCGAAGAGUUGGCCACCUCUGUUACCCUGAACUGCAAGGUUAUCAACAGUGUGUCUGGGCUCUAUGCCAUGGCCACCAGGACAAUACCUGUAACAUCUGGUCCAUCAGAGGUCCACGUCAUUGGUCAAGACUCUGUUGCAGUUGGCUUCAAGUCCAAGUUUCGGUGCACUGCCAAAUGCAUUCCUGCUUGUGACUACUGGUGGAUCGUUGAUGGUCACACUGUUUAUGGCAGUGAGAUGGAGAUGACGGUCGAGCGACAUGUAAAGUCAGAGAAGAUUAAGUGCUACGCUCAGAAUACGGUCUCAAUGAAUUUUGACUUGGCAACCAAGACCGUACGGGUGGGAGAUGAUGGAAAAUCCAUGGCCACACAGGCUAAACAGACUAUAGACCUGCUUCUGUUUGCCUUUACACUCUCACUCUACACUGUAAUAUCACCGUAAUCCAGGAGAGGGCCGUUUUGUACAAGGAAGUAAGCUGUUCUCCACACGCACAUCUGAAUCAUUUGAAAUCAUGUCAGCAUUAUUACAAACAGUGCCUUCCAUAUCAGGAUGUUAAGCAUAUUUGCUGAUGAUAAGUGGAGUGGAAAGGCUUGGCUGAAUCUUUCAAUAUUAAAGCACUACGUGUGUGCAAGCACGUUUAUACCCUAUUUGGAAUAAAUAUUUAAUAAAGACAAAUUUACAUUAA